CCCGAAGAUACUGGAACAGACUGGGAGCGAAGGAGAGAUGAUGGGAGAAUCUGGAAACAGUACAGACUUAAGACGAUGUGACGUUUAAAACCAUAGCAUAUUGUGUGCGAGACUAAUUAUUUAGCAAAAACCCCAUAGCCGCUUGCCUCGUGUUCCGUGGAGGAACAGACAGAUGCCGACGGAAGAUGCUGCGCUUCUGAAGACAGAGAGUGGGAAAGAAUGGGUGCAGGGAUGCUGACAACACAAAUACAUGGCUGCACGUGAAGAACCCUGAGAGUGCAUGAAAAAGAUUCCAUCUGAUCAUCUGAUAUAAACCGGAGAACCGACGCUGUUAUUUUGACCGACAUGUUCUGAGCGGAGGGAACAGCGGCGAGAUGAAGGCGGCGGUGAGACCUAAGCGCACGAGGCUCUUCUGGCGGUUCGGUGUCUGUGGAGUAGUGAUGAUCACCGCCACCUGGCUCGUGCAGCUCCUAGACGUAACAGGUGCGUUUCCCAAAGAGUCGCGUUAUCCAUUUAAUUCAUACAUAAAAUAUCAGUGGUUUAUUCAAUCAUCACACCUGUUUCAUUAUUAAAUUAUCUUGCAAUAAUAUUAUAAAAACAAUGUGAUCGCUUUUUAUAAGCUCAUAAUAUUUCAUAGGCUAAUAUCUUUUAGGAAAUAAUUUAUGCUGCUCUAUCCUGACAGACUCUCCCAGCCCCAGGGAUGUUGUUGGUGACUUCCCCUGGUCUAAGAGAGAACUAAUGCAGGAGAGAGAAGAGGAGAACCACACCUCCUACACUCCUACAACGCCCAGAGCUGGUGCGCUACGUAUUUUUGUUUUUGUUCCUGUGCUCUUUGAUCGUUGGUGUCUUGUCUUUCUACCUGUGCAUUACUCCUCCGCUCCUUGCUCUCUCUUUUUGCUUCCCACUCGCUCAUCCAGUGUCUCUAGCCUAUCUGUCAAUCACUCUGUCUGUCUCUCCUCAUUUUUUAAAAGCCAGACUCAGUAAGUCCCAAAUUAAAUGUCACUUUUUUUUCUUCAGGUUUAAUAUAUCUCGAAAUGUAUAGAUGAAAGAUGAAUUUGCCAUUUGGAUCACUUCAAAGUGACACAAAUGAAGGCUUUACGAAUUAUAAGUACAGCAGCUUUAUUAACAAAUACAUAUCUAACAACACUACAUGACCAAAAGUAUGUCGACACCUGCUUGUUGAACAUCUCAUUCCAAAAUCAUGGGCAUUAAUAUGGAGUUGGUCCCCCCUUUGCUGCUAUAACAGCCUCCACUCUUCUGGGAAGGCUUUCCACUAGAUGUUAGAACAUUGCAGCGGGGACUUGCUUCCAUUGAGCCACAAGAGCAUUAGUGAGGUCGGGCACUGAUGUUGAGUGAUCAGGCCUGGCUCGCAGUCAGCGUUCCAACUCAUCCCAAAGGUGUUCGAUCGGGUUGAGGUCAGGGCUCUGUGCAGGCCAGUCAAGUUCUUCCACACCGAGCUCGACAAACAAUUUCUGUAUGGACCUCGCUUUGUGCACAGGGGGCAUUGUCGUGCUGAAUCAGGAAAGGGCCUUCCCCAAACUGUUGGAAGCACAGAAUCAUCUAGAAUGUAAUUGUAUGCAGUAGCAUUAAGAUUUCCCUUCACUGGAACUAAGGGGCCUAGCCCGAACCAUGAAAAACAGCACCAGACCAUUAUCCCUCCUCCACCAAACUUUACAGUUGGCACUAUGUAUUGGGGCAGGUAGCAUUCUCCUGGCAUCCUCCAAAUCCAGAUUCGUCUGUUUUGGACUGCCAGAUGGUGAAGCGUGAUUUAUCACUCCAGAGAAUGCGUUUCCACGGAUCCAGAGCUUUACACCACUCCAGCCAACGCUUGGCAUUGCGCAUGGUGAUCUUAGGCUUGUGUGCGGUUGCUCAGCCAUGGAAACCCAUUUCAUGAAGCUCCCGAUGAACAGUUCUUGUGCUGAUGUUGCUUCUAGAGGCAGUUUGGAACGCGGUAGUGAGUGUUGCAACCGAGGACAGACGAUUUUUACCCGCUACGCGCUUCAGCACUCAGCAGUCCAGUUCUGUGAGCUUGUGUGGCCUACCACUUAGCGGCUGAGCCGUUGUUGCUCCUAGACAUUUCCACUUCACAAUAACAGCACUAACAGUUGACCGGGACAACUCUAGCAGGGCAGAUAUUUAAGGAACUGACUUGUUGAAUAGGUGGCAUCCUAUGACAGUACCACGUUGAAAGUCACUGAGCUCUUCAGUAAGGCCAUUCUAUUGCCAAUGUUUGUCUAUGGAGAUUGCAUGGCUGUGUGCUCGAUUUUAUACACCUGUCAGCAACGGGUGUGGCUGAAAUAACCGAAUCCACUAAUUUGAAGGGGUGUCCACAUACUUUUCUAUAAAUAGUGUAUAUCCCUCUCAAUACAAACGAGACUCAUAAAUGAGAGUUGAGUGAUACAGAAUAAACGUAUAAUUUAGCUGAAAAAUGCAUGUUUUUUGGCUCCUGGCUGACAGGAAUGUCUGUGCGUCGCUGCUGGUGCGACAGCUGACGAUACGCAAGACUGCAGAUUUGAAAACACUGGUGGGUCUGUCAUUACAAAGUUGCUUUGAUGUUGCUAGUUCGAAUUAAAACUGGAAUUGUGCGCGAUUUUCAUUCAGCAAGGGAUUGAAAAUAUUUUCCUGGUGCAAAACUUGCUAGUUGGACCAUAUUUCAGACUUACAUUUUACAUUUUUAGUCAUUUAGCAGACGCUCUUAUCCAUAGCGACUUACAGUUAGUGAGUGCAUACAUUUUUUAAAUAAAUAAAAAUUCAUACUGGCCACCCGUGGGAAACGAACCCACAACCCUGGCGUUGCAUGCGCCAUGCUCUACCAACUGAGCUACACGGGCAGUGCCAGCAGCAUGCUGGAAACUAUGGAUAAUAAUCAUGAAAGCCAGCUCUGUCUACUGGUUAGUGAAGCAAACUAGUUAGCUAAUAUAGCUGGCUAGUAAACAUAUAGAUACACACACGCAUUGCUUGUGUAACAGUUUUGCUUCUGUCCCUCUCCUCGCCCCUACCUGGGCUUGGACCAGGGACCCUCUGCACACAUCGACAACAGUCACCCUCGAAGCACCGUUACCCAUCGCUCCACAAAAGCCGCAGCCCUUGCAGAGUAAGGGAAACAACUACUCCAAGGUCUCAGAGCGAGUGACGUCACCGAUUGAAACGCUACUAGCGUGCACCGCUAACUAGCUAGCCAUUUCACACCGGUUACACUCACCCCCCUUUGACCUCCUCCUUUUCCGCAGCAACCAGUGAUCCGGGUCACGGCAUCAAUGUAACAGUGUUGCUUCCGUCCCACUCCUCGCCCCUACCUGGGCUUGGACCAGGGACCCUCUGCACACAUCGACAAUAGUCACCCUCGAAGCAUAGCUCCACAAAACCGCAGCCCAUGCAGAGCAAGGGAAACAACUGCUUCAAGGUCUCAGAACGAGUGACGUCACCGAUUGAAACACUACUAGCGCGCACCGCUAACUAGCUAGCCAUUUCACACCGGUUACACUUGCAAAUGUAAAUAGCCUACAGCCAAAUAAACUUUCAUGCACUUGCUAGUUGGUUAAUAUUUGUUUCCUCUUGGAUGUGAAGUUUACUAUUGCAACCUUUUGAUGGCAAAUUGAUUCAAUCCUAUAGUUGCUGAGGGUCGACUUUUCCAGGCAAAUGUUUGCACUGAAAGAGAUCAAGCAGAAAACAGCGCUAUGGUUGCACCGCAUUAGCCAGCCUAUAUUGUUGAACUUGUCUAUGUAAAUUAGAAUGACAUUUUACUGCUGUAACGUUCAUAACUGACUCCACUUGUAAAUUGUAAUUUUUAUACAGUAGAGUAACCUACAUGCUUGUGAUACUGAUACUGAUACUGACAGAUGGAAGGGUGGCUGGCCCAGCGGCCGCUUGAGAACUCUGAUAGAGCACGUAAUGAUGUCUUGCCUGGGUUUGUUUUGUCUCCCUGACAGUUUGAUAUUUCAUCAUCACAAAUUACGUUAAUUAAACUUACUGGGUCUGGCUUUAAAGAGGUUCAGACAGAUACCUAAACCCUCAUUAAUACCCCUUUGAUGUUCGUGUUGCUAGGCAACUAAAUGCUAAAUUCUAAAACUGCCAACAGAGUGUAUUUUGAGCUUUUAAAAAUGCCCUGUUAGUAGCGCCCUCUCUUCUUGUCUGGUGUGUGUGUGUGUACGUAUGUAUGCAUGUUCAGGGUGUGUGCAAAUAUGCGUAGAACUAUGUGAGUGAGUUUAGGGUCGAGGCCAAGGGGUCUGAGGUAGGUUGUGUCCGCCUGUCACUGUCAUGUGACAUAUAUUCUAAAAAGUCCACUUAAACCAGGAGCUGUGGGCCUGUUGCUAGGAGAUGAUAUGGAACACUCACAUGGUCACAUGAUCUCACAUCUCAAGAACUGCUAGAGUUUUGGAACAUGACCAACUGAAUGCGUCUUAUUCCCUUGAUUGGAACCCUUCUUCAGAAAACACUCUCCCUCUCUUUCAGCAAUGCACGAGUUUCCAGCAGACAUCUUCUCUCCAGAGCAGAGGAGAAAGGGAGCAGUUCUUCUCCAUGUAGUCUGUGUGAGUAGCCAUAUAAUUAGGAAUUAGAAUACAUAUCUAGUAAUUUAAUAGGAUCUCUAUGUAGCCUACUGCCUUGUUCAACAGUGCUGUUGUAGUACACCGUUCUACUGUAACAGUACCCCAACAAUCUCUACGUCAUCCAACUCAGUCCACAGACAAACUGUUUCUUCUCCUGUGUUUCCUAGGCGAUCUACAUGUUCUAUGCCCUGGCUAUAGUCUGUGAUGUCUAUUUUGUUCCAUCACUGGAGAAGAUAUCAGAGGUGACAAUAAAAACACCUUCCCACUUCUGUUGGUUUCUUUGCAGGUUGACAUUUAUUGUCACAAGUCUUGCCCAAAAAUUGGCUAUAUUGUAAAAAUCCAUGAAAACAAAAAUUAGAUUUUUGGUCAUAAUUUAAGGUUAGGCAUUAGGGUUAGCAGUGUGGUUAAGGUUAAGGUUAGGUUUAAUGACUUUGUGGCUGUGCCAGCUAGUGACCACUCUGCAUUGCUGCGUCCAGUACAUGAGUCAUCCUAAUAAAUGCCAACCUGCGGUUUGUUUCCCUCAUUACUUUUUGAUUGCCUCUUCACUGAUUGCAGUUUGUUUUAAUUACAAAGCCUCUCUGUUUAUCCACUAACCUCAACCUCUUUUCUAGAAUCUUCAACUUAGUGAGGAUGUUGCCGGGGCAACGUUCAUGGCGGCUGGAAGCUCCGCCCCUGAGCUCUUCACCUCCUUGAUUGGUCAGUAUUCUACAUCCUUGAUCCUGGGCCGCGUUCAGCAGGACAAAACGUUGGCCAACGUUCAGAUAGAAAUGUAUGAUGUAAAACAAAUAUACUUCUCUGGUAUAUAGAAUAAGGAAUCACGUCAACUCUAGUUGUGGGAUUUCUAUCUGCAAAGUUCCACAACGUUUUCGUACUGAACAUGGCCCAGGUCACCAAAAGUGGCCUGCAAAUUAGUACCGAUUGGACUGAUUGGAUCGAUAUGCACUGCUGUUGACCUCUUGUCCUCCCAGGUGUCUUCAUCACUAAAGGUGACCUGGGUGUAGGGACCAUCGUGGGAUCGGCUGUCUUCAACAUCCUCGUCAUCAUCGGCAUCUGUGGGAUCUUUGCCGGACAGGUAACUCGCCUUAUUUGAGACAGGUGAAAGCAAUAUGGCAGGAUUUCGAUUUAGACAGGCAGUGUUGUUCAUCAGUGUGUUCGGUUCUCUCUUCUCUCGCAGCCUAUCUCUCUGAGCUGGUGGCCACUGCUCCGUGAUUCUCUCUACUACAUCCUGUCUAUACUGAUGCUGAUUGUGGUGAUCUAUGAUGACGAAGUGAUUUGGUAAGAACAUUGGACCAGGGUUCUCUACAUAUUUACAACUCAGUGAUGCAUACAGAUUGUGCUUUUAAACAGUUUUUCUCUGUUGUAGGUGGGAGACCAUCAUACUGAUCUCCAUGUAUCUAGUCUACAUUAUCAUCAUGAAGUGAGUAACUGACUACAUUAUCAUCAUAAAGUGAGUAACUGACUACAUUAUCACCAUGAAGUGAGUAACUGACUACAUUAUCACCAUGGAGUGAGUUACUGACUUUGCCUCUUAUAGUUUACUGUUUGUUCAGUGCCCCCUCUUACCCCACAACAUUUUACUUCAGAUAUGCACAAGCAAGGGACAGUAUCUAUCCCUGACAGAUGUUGGUUGUGAUACUGUGUGUGUGUAGGUUCAACAGACCCCUGUCAGGCUGGGUGGAGAGGCACUGUGGUCGAGGGGGCCAGCCCUGCUUCAGUACCCUGAGACGGACCACCGCAGUGGGGCAUGGAGGAGUCGACUGUGACACUGACAUGGUGCUGCUGAAGAGAGGUGGGUUUGUGUCUCUACCACUGGUUGUGUGUGUGUGUGUGUAUGCACACACUUGUAUCGACAUUGCUUCAGAUUGUUUUCAAUCAAAUGGAACAUAUUCCCAUUGUAUCAUGAUUCUAAAAUAGACAGACAUAAAGUAGCUCUUUUCAAUUGAAAACCUACUUUUGCCGCCUUCCAUCCACCCCUCCUCACUUUCUCCCUCUCCCUCCUCUCCCUCUCUCCUCACUCCCUCCUCCUCCUUCUCCGCCCGCUCUCCCCUCCCCCUCCUCCCUCCGAAGAGGAAGAAAAGAAUCUCCCCUCCCAGAGAAAGAAAGGAGAGAAUCCCUCCCCUCCUCCUCCCUGAGCUCGUCCCCCUCCCUCUCCUCCCUCCCCCUCUCCUCCUCUCCCUCCCUCUCGCUUCCUCCCUCGAGAACGAAGAAAAACCUCAGAGAAAGAAAACGGAGAAGACUCUCUUUCUCUCUCCUCUCUCUCUCUCUCUCCUUGCCUCCUCCUCCUCUUCUCCUCUCUCCUCCUCCCUCUCUCUCUCCUCCUCCCUCUCUCUCUCUCUCUCUCCUCCUCCUCCUCUUCUCUCUCCUCCUCCUCCUCCUCCUCCUCUUCUCUCUCCUCCUCCUCCUCUUCUCUCUCCUCCUCCCUCUCUCUCUCUCCUCCUCCUCCCUCUCUCUCUCUCUCCUCCUCCCUCUCUCUCUCUCCUCCUCCCUCUCUCUCCCAGACUCGUGUGCAGGGCAAGACUCUGCUGUAGUGAUGGUGGAUGAGAUGAUGAGUCUGCACCCUCACCAGCUGACCUUCUCUGAGGCAAGCCUCCAUCUCCUGAUCACCCCACAUUUCCCCCCCUACACACGGCUCCGCAUGGCAGGACGCAUGGUCAUCAAUGAGGUACACAGGACACACAUCCACACACACAGCGGUAUGUCUCCACACCUUAGCAUGGAAAGAUGCAUGGUUAUUAUAGAAGUGCAAAAAACACACACAUGCAUUGCAUAUUUCCUUACACCCCCAUGCCUAAGCCUUUGCUGGAUGCAUGAUUACAAAGCACAGACACACUAUGCUUGCAUCAUCCCUGUUCCUCUGUUCUGGCUUAAUGCUGAAUGCCAACAUUGUGCUGUUGGAUGUUCUCCUGCGCCGUGCUGGAGUUGUGACAUACUCCUACUCUUAACAAAUUCAGAACUGUAAAACGUAUAAAGUUUGUCUCUUACCUUCUCACUCACACAGAGGCAGAGGUUGAGCCGGGCUCGGGGCCAGGAGGAGAACGGUGGAGCAGGGGAGGAGGGGGGAGAUGGGGCCACAUGGGGAAUAGGGAACAGUGGGGAGGAGAGGGGAGAUGGGGGGGCAUCAUGGGGAGUAGAGAACGGUGGGGCGGGGGACAGUGAGAGGCAGCCACUGGAGGGGGACGGAGACAGGGAUGGGGGGCCGGAGGGGAACAAAGGGGGGUUACAGCCCCAAGAGGAGGAGCUGGAGGAAGAAGAGGAGGUCUCAUUCAGUCCCUUCAUAGUGCCAGGUGAGCGUUACCUUACACACACAUUUACAAACCAGUAACCUGUUGCUAUAUUCUGAUAAUGUUGAGUCUGGUUCCUCUCAACAAGUAACCUGUUACUACAUUCUGAUGAUAUUGAGUCUGGUUCCUCUCAACAAGUAACCUGUUACUACAUUCUGAUGAUAUUGAGUCUGGUUCCUCUCAACAAGUAACCUGUUACUACAUUCUGAUGAUAUUGAGUCUGGUUCCUCUCAACAAGUAACCUGUUACUACAUUCUGAUGAUAUUGAGUCUGGUUCCUCUCAACAAGUAACCUGUUACUACAUUCUGAUGAUAUUGAGUCUGGUUCCUCUCAACAAGUAACCUGUUACUACAUUCUGAUGAUAUUGAGUCUGGUUCCUCUCAAGGUUUCUUGCUGCUGCUUCUUGCUCUUUGUAGGUUGAGGUCAGGUUACUGUAAAGCUCUUUGUGACUACUGUUGCACUUUGUGAUUGAUUGAUGAUUGAAAAAUGAAGGCGCUGCUCCCUCCGUCCUCAGGAGGGCACUGUGAGCGUGUGCGCUGGCUGGUGUCAUGGCCUCUAUGCUUGCUGCUCUGCUGCACCAUACCCAACUGUGUCCUGCCUCGCUGGAGCCGCUGGUACCUCCUGACCUUCCUGGCCUCCACACUCUGGAUCGCACUCUUCUCCUACCUCAUGGUCUGGAUGGUAUGGACUACAGAGCACACAUACACAAGCUCACACAUAAACACACACACGUUCCUACACAUAACACACAAGGUGGGACAAUCAUUUACAUUUAAGUCAUUUAGCAGACGCUCUUAUCCAGAGCGACUUACAGUUAGUGAAUACAUUUUUUUUUUUUUUAUACUGGCCCCCCGUGGGAAACGAACCCACAACCCUGGCGUUGCAAACGCCAUGCUCUAUCAACUGAGCUACAUCCCUGCCGGCCAUUCCCUCCCUUACCCUGGACGACGCUGGGCCAAUUGUGCGCCGUCCAUGAGUCUCCCGGUCGCGGCCGGCUGCGACAGAGCCUGGAUUCGAACCAGGAUCUCUAGUGGCACAGUUAGCACUGUGAUGCAGUGCCUUAGACCACUGCGCCACUCAGGAGGUUAUGCUGUCUAAUGAGAUGAAACAAUCCCUUAUGUCACCUAAUGCCCUCUAUGCUCCCAGGUGACCGUUAUCAGUUUCACGCUGGGCAUCCCUGAGGUGGUGAUGGGCAUCACCUUCCUGGCUGCUGGUACCAGCGUACCGGACUGUAUGGCCAGCCUCAUCGUAGCUCGACAAGGUAACGGAAUUCUAAUCAGUCUGCGUGUGUUGGGAUGUUAACCUUUUUGUUUGUUUGUUUUGUACGGUAUGAUGGACAUGCCUGUCUCUAACUGUAUGCCUUAUUUUGACUAUGGUGUGUGUAUUGUAGGUAUGGGGGACAUGGCUGUCUCUAACUCCAUUGGCAGUAAUAUCUUCGAUGUGCUUCUGGGACUUGGGUUCCCUUGGUUCCUGCGCACUCUGGUGGUCGACUACGGAUCAGUGGUAGGGACAUCUUUUUUUUUGUUGGUUGACAAAUGUUUCUCAACCAAAAAGCUGCUAGGUGUUGUGCCUUUGAGGUUGCCAGAUGUGCAUCUGCAAAAAGAGGUUGAGUGUUUUUAUGGUUGGCAGGUGUUCAUCAACAGUAAAGGCCUGGUGUAUUCAGUUGUUCUGCUGUUGGGUUCAGUGUUCCUCACUGUGAGUAUCACUGUAAUAUCUUUUAAAGUUGUUAUUUCUAUGACAAAAUCAGACCGUAUAUAGUACUUUACUGCUGCUCUAAUCCUCUCUAGCCACCUCUCACUUCUUUCUCAAUUUCUCUCUAUCCUUUCCUCCUCUAUCACUCUCUCUCUGCAGGUCCUGAGUGUUCACCUGAACCGUUGGUGGUUGGACCGCAGACUGGGUCUCUGUCUCAUGAUGUUCUACGCCAUCUUCCUACUCUGCUCGGUCAGCUUACAGCGACUGUAG